AUGGCCAUAAGAAGGUUAGAAGUGACUGCUGACGAACUUGUAUUCUUUUUAUACUCAAAAGAAGAUUGUUGUAGUUGUAGAGCAAUGAGUGAUGUUAAGGAAACUUCGUGUAGACUUUGCAUUAAAUCUAUAUUAGAUACAAGUUUUGAAGUGGUAGACAACGUUAUCAGAGACAUUUUAGAUGUUGUUUUGCUGAAAUUGAAAUUUGAUAACGAGAGCAAAGAGGUUAUAUGUAGCGUUUGCAGAAGAAAGUUAAAUGCGGCGUUAGAAUUUAAGUUGACCUGUCUGAAUACCGAUUACACAAUUAUUCCUUAUGUAGAUAGCAAAAAAAUGUUACAGCUCAACUUAAGAGAAGUGUACAUGCAGGAAAAGAAAAGCGAGUUAGUUUGCAGUCAGAAAAUAUGUCGAUUGUGUAUGCAUCCAGUAGAAAGUGAGUUUAGGUGCAUUUGUGAAGAGGAACUUGAAGCUAUCGAGAAACUGGCUCCUGAACUGAUUAUAAACAUCAUCAAAGAUCCCGUUGUAUGUAAGGAAUGUUUUGAUUCUGUGUGUACCCACAACAGUUUCCUAAAAAAUUGCUCGGAAGUACAGGAAAAAGUUAGAUGUCUUUUUAAUAGCGCAGCAACAGAAAGUCAGAUAGACACUUCACCAUCCGAUUUAUUCGUUAAGACUGAGAACUUGGAUAAAGAAUUAGAUAUUAACGAGAUGGAAAUGUCCAUCAAAGCUGAAAGUAUCGACAUCAAAUCAGAAGAAGAGGAAAGCAGCGCAGCAACAGAAAGUCAGAUAGACACUUCACCAUCCGAUUUAUUCGUUAAGACUGAGAACUUGGAUAAAGAAUUAGAUAUUAACGAGAUGGAAAUGUCCAUCAAAGCUGAAAGUAUCGACAUCAAAUCAGAAGAAGAGGAAAGCAGCGACACGCCACUGCAAUGCUGCGAUAAGGUACCAUUCGAGGAGAGUGUCUGUAAAAAUGAAGAAGAGGAUGGAUGUAAACAUGAGAAUGCAUCAGAUGUGAAAACGAGGCAGGAGCGCAAAGUAUUGUACAAAUGUGAUAAAUGCAUUUACGAAAUUGGAAGUGAGAUCCGUUUUACCAUACCCUUUGUGAGACAUGAGAACGAUUCGGAAGUGUAUAAACGUGAAUCGUGCGAGUAUAAAACUGAAAAUGAGAAAUCACUUCAGAGGCACCUGGUGAGGCAUAAAGACCCUUCCAAGGUUCAAAUGUACAAGUGUAAUGACUGCAAUUACGAAACUUUGAACAAGAGUCAUAUUAAACGGCACCAACUGAAGCAUAAAGAUCCUUCCCAGGUGCAAUUGUACGGGUGUAACGACUGCGAUUUCGAAACUAAAUACAAGGAUGAUAUGAAAAAACACCAAUUGAAACACAAAGAUCCUUCGCAGCGUCAAAUCUACAGGUGUAAUGACUGCAAUUACGAAACUAUGAAUCAGAGUCAUAUCAAACGGCACCAACUGAAGCAUAAAGAUCCUUCCCAGGUGCAAUUGUACGGGUGUAAUGACUGCGAUUUCGAAACUAAAUACAAGGAUGUCAUGAAGAAACACCAACUGAAACACAAAGAUCCUUUGCAGGUUCAAAGGUACAGGUGUAACGACUGCGAUUUCGAAACUAAAUACAAGAGAAAUAUCAUGCCGCACCAACUAAAACAUAAAGAUCCUUCUCAGGUUCAAAUGUACAAGUGUAAUCAUUGCAAUUACGAAACUAAGAACAAGAGUCAUAUCAAACGGCAUCAACUGAAGCAUAAAGAUCCUUCUCAGGUUCAGAUGUACAGCUGUAACGACUGUGAUUACGAAACUGAAGACAAAGAGUAUAUCAAAAAGCAUCAAAACCGAGCAUAG